GUAAUUUGUAUUUUUAGGAGCAUUUGGGCGGAGUUAUUGACGAAUUUACGUAAACCGAACACCAAAAUUAUCUGUCCUUCUGCUCCCAAGAUACCGUUGACGUUAAACAAGGGGUUCGCUAUCCCGGCGUGGUUCGACUUGUCGACUUUGAACGAAGACGCGCCGGAAAACGAAUCGGACAUAUUGCGUGCCGUGGACAACAUACACACGAUUUUGGACGAGGAGUUGGCCAAGACUCGGUUACCUCCAAAGAAAUUGUUGCUGGGUGGUUUUUCGCAAGGYGGAGCGCUGGCCCUGUACGCCGCACUCACGUACCACAGGCCAUUGGCCGGUAUCUUCAUCAUGUCCUGUUGGAUACCAUUACACAAGACAUUCCCAGACGCAGCCACAAACAACACCAAUAUUCCAAUAUUCCAAUGUCACGGAACKGAAGACCCGGUCAUACCUUACGUAUGGGGCGCAAAAACAUCAGAAAUACUAAAAGAAUUUACCACCAAAAGCCAAUUCACCAGCUACGAAGGCUUGCUGCAUCGUACAAAUGAGAAA